AGAAUCAAGUAAUUCAUGGUAAUCAAAUCCAUCAUGAGUUUUUGGAAAGUAGCGAUUUGUUGCGAGAAUUCGUGAUAUUUCGAAGAAUAUAAAGAGAAAGAAGAAAAGAAAGGAGAAAAAAGGAUUAUAAUUGUACAAUUCCAAGUUUGCGAUCGUUUGUCGCAUAAAGAUAUCACAAAAAGUAAAGAAGAAGAUAAACAAUGGGAAAACACGAAGUGGGCACACCAAAGUACAUUGCUAAUAAAAUCAAAGCGAAAGGAUUGCAGAAGUUGAGAUGGUAUUGUCAGAUGUGUCAGAAACAAUGUCGGGACGAAAAUGGAUUCAAAUGUCACACGAUGUCGGAAUCACAUCAUCGUCAGCUGUUGCUGUUCGCUGAGAACGCUCAUCGAUAUAUGGAUCAAUUUUCGAGAGAAUUCUCCCAAGGGUAUCUGAAUUUAUUAAAGAGACAGUUCGGUACUAGAAGAGUACCAGCGAAUCGAGUAUACCAGGAAUACAUCUCCGACAGAGGACACAUACAUAUGAAUGCAACGCAGUGGCUUACUUUAACUGCAUUUGUCAAAUGGCUUGGACGCAGUGGACAAUGCGUUGUGGAUGAGACAGAAAAAGGCUGGUUUGUAACGUAUAUUGAUAGGGAUCCUGAAACACUUGCUGCGCAGGAGAAGAAAGCAAAGAAAGAGAAAAUGGAUAAGGACGAUGAGGAACGACUAAUGGAUUUUAUUGAAAAGCAAAUAGAAAGAAAUGCAAAGCAGGAUGCACCAGAAGAAGAAAGUGAGACAUUCAAAACACCAUUAAUGCGUUCUGAGAAUGAUGCACCUUUAGUUCUCGAUAUAAAGCUAAAGCCUAAACCAAAGUUAUUACCUGUACUCAAUAUAAAGCAGGAGAAGAAAAGUGAAAACAGUAUUCAAGACCAACCAGUUUCCAGCAAAUCACUUGAUGAAAGAGAGAAAUCAAAAAGGUCCAUUUAUGAUGAGACAAAAUCUGUUAAAAAGUUAAAAAGUGACAAUAAUCCCGAGAUUGAAGGUUGGCUUAAGGAAGGUUUAAUGGUUAAAGUAACCACAAAAAGUUUAGAUGAUAAAUAUUAUAAAUCUAAAGGCGUUGUUCAAUCAGUUGAAAAGGAUGGUUUUGUCGCUAAAGUAAAACUAAAAACACCAGAUGAAGUUGAGGGACAUAUUAUACGAUUGGAUCAAGAAUAUUUAGAGACAGUAAUUCCUGCAAUAGGCAAAGAAGUCCUAAUUCUUUGGGGAAAAUAUAAAGGCAAGAUAGCAAUAGUAAAGAAGUUACAUAUAGAACACUACAGUAUAGAUGUUGAACUCAAAAAGGACAAAAAAGUUGUGGAGAAGCUUCCGUAUGAACAAGUAUGCAAGUAUGUAGAUUGAGAAACAAAAUUGUGCGAAAGAAAAUUAGGAAAAAGACAAUGUAUUUUUAUUAUCAUCAAUAAUGUCUUGCAUUGCUUAUUGCGUUAAUCUAAAGAGCACCUGUGUACAAAUUUAACAAUCAAUAAGGUUUCAAAAUAUGAAAUUUUAUAUGUGAAAUUUUUUGCGAUUUAAGAGACAGAAUUUUUAAAAUAUUUCAGACAACUCCAUUUAAGACAACUUUUUUAUUGAAUAUCAAUACAUUGU